AUGAAAUAUUUAAGAUUUUUAAGUAAAGUUGAAUAAGCCAAAAUUAAUGAAGCCUAAAGAGAUUAUUAAUUAGAUUAUUAAAGUUAUUAUUAAAAAUUGGUUGCAAAGAAAUUAAAACUUGAACAAGAAUAAAAAUAAAAAUAAUGUGCAGAACCAAAAAUGGAAACUUUAAAAUUAGAAAGAAUUUAAUCUGAACAUGAAGAAUAAAUUUAAAAGUAAAAUUAAUUGAAACCUGUUAUAGUUCCAAGAACAGUUAUGCAUAAAAAAUUAAGUUGUAAGAUUGUUAUAAUGUAUAUUUAAGUUAAACAUGAUAUUGAAAUAACUGAAAAAUAAUAAUAAUAUGUUUUGCUUUCUAUCCGAGAAUUCGAAGAAUAACUUAAAAAUUAUAAUAAUUGGAGGCAAUCCAAUAUCAAAAAGGUUAUGGGCAAAUAUAAUGAUGAAGGUUUUAUAUUUUUAAUAAUAAAGACAAACAUACCAUACAUUUAACAUUUGAAGUCCCGAAAAUAGAUAUUCUAAAAAGAAUUGAUGAAAAAGAAGGAGCGUGAAUUUAAAUAGAAUUAUUAUUUCUUAAAAAUAUAUAUG